AUGGCUGUUUCUUCGAAUAUGAAAAGGAAUUAUCAUGUGUUCCUCAGUUUUAGAGGGACAGAUGUCCGCCAAGGCUUCCUCAGUCAUCUCUACGCGGCUCUGGACCAUAAAGGAAUAUACACUUUUGUGGAUAGCGAGGAGCUUAGGAAAGGAGAAGAAAUAUCGUCGGCGCUCAUGAGGGCGAUUGAGGAAUCGGACGUUGCGAUCAUCGUUUUCUCUAAGAAGUCUAAGAAGUACGCUUCCUCAUGGUGGUGUUUGGAAGAGCUCUUGAAAAUCAUGGAGUGCAAGGAGAUAAACGGCUUGAUGGUGUUCCUAGUGUUUUACAAAGUGGAACCCAGAGAAGUGAGAGAGGGGAGAGAGAGUUAUAAGAGAGCUAUGGAUAGCCAGGAGUACAUGUCCGGGAAGAAUUCAGGGAAAGUGAAGAGAUGGAAGGAGGCUCUCUCUGAAGCCGGUAGCUUGUCUGGGUGGGAGUUGAAUGACAGAUUCAGGUUCUUUGUAAUGUUCCUCGCGUAG